AUUCGUGUUUGCACAGAUAUCAACAUGACCCAUGAAUCUCAAGAAGAAUUUUACCCAAUUGCUGUAUUAAUCGAGGAACUACGCAAUGAGGAUGUACAAUUGCGCCUUAAUAGUAUAAGAAAGCUAUCUACAAUUGCGAUUGCUUUGGGUCCUGAAAAAACUAGGAAGCAAUUGAUUCCAUUUCUCACGGAAACCAUCUAUGAUGAAGAAGAAGUUCUACUGGAAUUGGCAGAACAACUGGGCACUCUUGUUUCUCUAAUUGGUGGUUCUGAAUACGUGACUGUUCUUCUAGCGCCAUUGGAAACCCUUGCAACGGUGGGACAGAAUAUGUUCUGA